AUGGCGUCUGAGUUCGGUUUCCACGUGGCUGAUUAUGUUAUUUUUGCUGUAAUGAUCUCCUUCUCGAUAGGGAUAGGUGUGUAUUCCGCGUGUUCCGGGGGCGGACAGAAGACAACCUUGGAAUAUCUGGUCGGGAAUCGUCGACUGAAGAUGUUACCGGUCGCCGUUUCUCUUGUCGUAUCGUUUGAAUCGUCCAUAUUGGUACUGGGCUUCCCCGCUGAAGUUUACAUCUACGGGGGAGACCUCUUCUGGACUAGUGUUGGGUUAAUGAUAGCAAUGUUGGUAGCCACAAGGGUUGUAGCUCCACUGUUUCAUCCUCUCAAGAUCACGAGUGUAUUUGAGUAUUUUGAACUCCGAUACAAAAGCAGAGCACCCCGUUCAUUGGGAACAGUCAUCGGAAUGUUAUAUUACAUAUUUUAUAUGGGUAUCGUUCUCUAUGGACCUGCUAUCGCUUUGGAAGCAGUGACAGACUUUCCGUUCUGGGCCUCUGUAUUUAUUGUGGCCGGGACAGCUAUCAUCUAUACCUCUAUCGGUACAACCGAUAUAGGAAAUUUCGGGAAGGUGUUACAAAUUAACACCGACAAUCUACGUAUUAACUAUUUCAACUUUGACCCUGAUCCGACGGUUCGGCAUACAUUUUGGCCACUCCUUUUAGGAUCAAUUGUUGGGUAUUUCGGCAUGACAUUCAACCAAGCAACGGUUCAGCGUAUCAGUUCUGUCAAGACGUUGUCAGAGGCAAAAAAAAUUCUCUAUUUCGCCGGCCCAGCUUUCCUAGUGUUUGGUGUUAUUGUAAAUAUUGAAGGAUUAGUUAUGUUUGCCUACUUCAACACUGUGGGCUGUGAUCCGAUCGAGGCUGGUAUCAUCAAGAACGCUAACCAGCUGCUACCUUAUAUGGUGGUGAGAGUGUUCCACGGACUUCCUGGACUUGCCGGGCUGUUCCUCGCUUCAUUGUUUAGUGCUUCCCUUAGCACGAUAUCAUCAGGGCUAAGUUGUCUUAGCGCCCAGACAGUUGAAGACUUCAUUAAGCCAAACUAUAAGGAUAUGUCCGACGGAAAAGCUACUGCCAUAGCGAAGAUGACAGGUAGGCGUCAUAUUUGA